GCUACCACCCUCUACCAAUACAGCACAAUCACCGCUCUUCUCCACGGCAUCUGCACCGACGGGCUGGAAGCCUCCUCUCUGUCUUCCUACGGCACCCACGGGAUUGGCACCCUCUCUGACCUCGACGGGGAGAUCAUCAUCCUCGACGGGGAAGUCUAUCACUUCCCUAGCACACCCAGCAACAACACAGGAGACACCCCUACUCCCAGCGUCCGCACGCCCGAACCUACAGAGCGCAUCCCCUUCGCCAUGCUCACCACCUUCCAACCCACCCACACCCUCCCCCUCCCAUCCACCCCGCUCACAUCAACCACCCUGUCGAACCACAUCUUCGCUCAAGCCCUCUCCGAUCAAAGAAACACCCCGCUAGCCAUCCGUCUGACCACGGGCUUCUCCUCCCUGAGCAUCAGAAUCAUCCCGAAGCGUACUUCCAGAGAGGAAACCUUAUCAGCCUGCGCCUCUCGUCAGAAGACCACCGAACUCGGAUCGAUGAAUGGAACACUAUUUGGGUUUUGGACGCCAAAGUACAUGGCUGGACUGGGGGUGGCGGGCUGGCAUCUGCAUUUUCUGUCCGAGGAUCGAAAGGCUGGCGGCCAUGUGUUGGAAUUC